CUUGCUUCACUCCAUCCCUGGUUUGCAGCCCGGCAAAAUUGCGUCUUGUGAAAUUAUAAAUGGUAGCAGUUGCUUGGACACGCUCCUGUUGAAACGGCACCAUGUCAUCCAUUGACAAGUUGUCCAUCCAGGGAGUCCGGAGUUUCGGCUCCAACGCAGAAGACCUUCAGAGCAUGACGUUCUCAUCGCCGGUUACCCUAAUUCUGGGCGAGAAUGGGUGUGGAAAAACGACUGUUAUAGAGUGCCUGAAGUAUGCUCUUACCGGCGAGUGUCCACCGGGCAGUGAUCGCGGCAAGAGUUUCGUCCAUGAUCCCAAGAUCUUCGGACUGAGCGAGUCGCUGGCGCAGAUCAAGAUGCAGGUGCGCGACAAGCGGGGUGCCCAGGUGUCCAUCUGCCGCACCAUGAAGGUGUCCAACAAGAUGUCCAACAAGCGCAACCAGGUGUCCUUCGAGACGAUGGACUCCACCAUCAACUUCCUUAGCGGCGCUGGGCAAUCGAAGCGCGAUAAUCAGGACUCCCUAAGCGGGCGCACCGUGGACAUCAAUUUGGCCAUCUCGGACUUCAUGGGCGUCUCGAAGGACAUUAUCAACAAUGUCUUGUUCUGCCAUCAAGAGGACUCCAGUUGGCCGUUGGACGAGGCGAAGAAGCUGAAGGAGAAGUUCGACGCCAUAUUCGGCAUUACCCAGUACAAUAAAGCUUUGGAUAAAAUCAUAAAGCUGCGCAAGGAGGCCGUGGAGGAGCUGAAGGUGAUGGUUGCCAACAUGAAGCAUUUGGCCUUUCUCAAGGAGGAAAUGGAGGUUAAGACCAUGAGCCUACAGAGGGCCCAGCAGAAGUGCGACGAUAUUAAGGCGCAGUGUAGCGAAUGCGAGGAGGAGAUCAAGCCCAUUGAGGCCAGGCUGGUGGAAAUCAGGAACGUGGAGUUCGAAAUUGGAAAGUACCAAGCGCAAAAGGUCGGAAUGGACACCAAGCACAACAACUGCAAGGAGCAGAUCACCACCACAACCAGGAAGAUCAAAAGCCUCUUUAAGGGUUCUCUUGUUGAGCUGGAAGCGGAGAUCAACAACUUCGACCAGCGCAUGUCAGAGAUGCGGCAACAGCGAGCCGAGACAGAGCAGAAUCUGUCCCAGCUUAAGAAAUCCAGUGCAACUGAGCAGGAGAAGUUGGGCCAGUUGGAAAAAAAGCAUAUCCUGGCCAAGCAGCAGUUCCAGAGCGAACAGACUUGCAGAGCCCAGCUAUUGAAGCGGGUCCAGGACUUCUGCCGGGAACUACACAUCCCCAUCGAUGGCAAUCUCGUCGAGGAGCCCGCUAAGCUGGUGGAAGUGCUGCAGGACAUCGAGGCGAUGAUACUGAGCAAGCACUGCGAGAUCGCAGAGAUCGUGGAGCAGAACGACAAGGCCGAUCGGGCCAGACAGCUCAAGAUCGACGAGCUGCGCAUCGAGCUGACCAAGUCGGAGCAAAGCGUGACAGCGCAGGAGAAGCAGAGGGAGACCAGCAAGCGCGAGAGCGAAACCCUUGGGAGGGAUAUUAAAAAAAUCGAAGCCUCCAUGCAGGAACUAAAGAAACUGGAGACGGAAUUCGCUGAUGUAAACCAGCUGUAUGAAAGGGCUACAAAGGAUUUGGACCAGGAGGCCAUGCGAGAGGUCAUCUCCAGCAAGAAGGCCACUAUUGCCGAGAAGCAGAAGCUGUUCAAGAAGCUGGACGAACAGCUGACUUUCCUGGGCUCCAUGGCCAAGCUAGUUGCCGAAAUAGGCCUCAAGCAGAAGGAGCUCGAGAAGAAGAAACAGGAAGUGCAUCGCGUGCGCAACCGUCAUGCGGAUAAUUUUGGAAAAUUCUUCAAGGAACCUAUCAGAAGCAACUACCGCCGAUCGGUGCAGGGAGCCUUCGAUAAACUGCGCCGCGAGAUCAAUGAUCUCAACGAGAAGGCCAGCCAGCAGAAGCUGAAGGAGCAGUCGUUCGAGAUAAGGCGUAAAAACCUCAUCGGAGAGAUUUCGCGCAUGGAGAAGGACCUUAAGGAGAGCGAGGAGCUGAUAUUUCAAAAGUGUCGCUCAACGCCCUACGAGGAUCUCCUGGAGCGCAGCAAAACUGCCAUUUCCAAGCUGCAGUUCGACCACGGCGCCCUCAAAUCCUCUGAGGCCCUUUACAAGAAGUACAUACAAAAAAUCGAGGAAGAGCCUUGUUGUCCUUUAUGCCACCACAAUAUGUCUGGCGAUGAGGCCUGUGAUUUGACCAACGAGCUGACCGACGAGAUCCAAAAGUUGCCCGAUAAUAUCAUCAGAGCUGAGAGAGCUCUGAAAGCGGAGCAAUUGAAAUACGACAACUUACUGCACAUCAAGCCCAAUAUUCUGAAGGUUCAGGAGCUGAAGAACUCUUUGCCCCAAAAGAAGGAGGAGUUGCAAAAAGUCGAGGAGCUGCUCGGAGAUAGCGUAAGCGAAUAUGAGACGUUGCUUGCUCUGAUUGGCGAGCCCACGCAGAAUAUGGAGUUGGCGAACUCCAUGAUGGGGGACAUGACCCUGUUAGACGCGGCUCUAAUAGACUCAGGUCGGCUUACAAAAGAUCUGGAUCAGCAGAGGGCCAAGUUACCAGCUUCCUAUGAUUCGAGUGUUUCGAUGGAUGCUCUGCAGGCAGAGAAGAGCCAGGUUUCCAAAGAUUUGGAGGCGGAACGCAAGGAGUUGGACUCCACUCAAAACGCAUUCCAACAGCAAAUGGAUGCCCUAAACCGUUUGCGCGAAAAGAAAAAUAGCUUGAAAGAUAGGCAAAUACAUCUUCAGGAGGGUCUGCAAAGUCUGCCACAGUUAAAGGAGCGUUUGAGCAAGCUCAAUACUUUUCUUGACACAGUAGCAACUGAAAUAAGUGAACUAAAGGCCAAAAUUCAGCCUUUAAAGCUGAAUCUGAAAUCUGCCAUAGACGAAAAAGAACGCUUAAAGGAGAGUGAAAAAGUCAAGCUUGCUCAGUUGAAUAGCAAGUAUAAUUCAUACAAAAGUGCGGAUCAGGACAUUCAAAGAUUAAAUACGGAAGCCCAGGAGUAUAGCAAAUUGAAUCUUCAAAAUGAAAUUAGGAAACUUGAAGAGAAUAAAAAGGCCCACAAAGAGCAGCUGAGAAAAUUGGAAAUCGAAGUUUCAUUGAAAACUGAUGACCUGGAGACCAUUAAAACAGAAUGCCUUAACCAGCAGACCGUUGAACGAGAUCUGAAGGACAAUCGCGAGCUAAAACAGCUCCAGGACAAGGAAGCCAAGCUGAGCGAAGCCUGCAAGACGCUAGACAAGCAACUGGGUAACCUAGACUUCCGCAGCGUUAGCAAAGAGAAAGUGGAGCUGACCAAGCGACGGGACAAAGCCACCGUGCGUAAGGGCGAGCUGCUGGGCCAGCAGGGCGAGAUUAACAGCCAGGUGAACAAGUUGAAGCGGGAAAUCGAUGAGCCCAGAUUUAAGGAGUCCCUUAAAAACUUCCACAAGGCCAAUUAUGAGCUGAUGGUGACCCGUCUCAGCAUCGAGGACUUGGGCCAGCAUCGCUUGGCCUUGGAGUGGGCCCUGAUCCAGUUCCAUGCCGAGAAGAUGGAGAAGAUUAACCGUCUGAUACGCGAGUACUGGCGCAUGAUUUAUCGCGGCAACGACAUUGACUAUAUCCAGGUGAAGACUGACGAGGUCAGCCCGGAUGCUGCCGCGGACCGCCGAAAGACCUACAACUACCGAGUGGUCCAGUCGAAGAACAACACGGAGAUCGAGAUGCGGGGGCGCUGCAGUGCUGGCCAGCGCGUCCUCGCCUCGCUCAUCAUCCGCUUGGCGCUGGCCGAGACGUUCAGCAGUAAUUGUGGCGUCCUCGCCUUGGACGAGCCCACCACGAACUUGGAUCGCAUCAAUAUAACCUCACUGUGCGAUGCCCUCAACUGCAUCGUGGAGGAGCGCCAAAGCCAGUCUAACUUCAUGCUCAUCAUCAUUACCCAUGACGAGAAUUUCAUCUCGUCGCUUGGCAAGAUCACCAGCUACCAUCGGGUCUUCCGCAACGAUGAGUGCAAAUCGGUUAUUCGGAAAGUGCAGGUUUAUUCCGCAUCACCUAUUUCAAGGGGCUGUGUGAAUGGGCUAUUUCAGCCAUUAACAGCUGAUAGAGCUGCCACCGCACGGCGCUAUGUUAUGUUUACACUUGCGAUCAAUUGGCGCGAAUGUUUUAAGAUCAUCCUUCCGCUACACACGAUGAAACGGGCCAAGACGACACAGGCAGGUCCCUCUAAGAAGGCCACAAAAAAGCAGGAGGGCAACCGGAAAGAUGAGCCCAAAGAUAGCCAGGAGAGCUCGGAAGAGGAAGCUUCCACUUCGAAGGCUUCGUUCGCUUCCAAGCCGGACUACCAGAACUUCGAUCAGUUCCUCACCCACCUGGAAGUCCAGAGGUUCUCCACGGCAGACAGCAUUAAGGAAUUCUCCUUCCGAAAAAAACGAGUGCGCGUUCUGUCGAAAAACGAAGAUGUGAAGGAGUCCAGCAAAGGAGGCGUCGUCUACUGGAUGUCCCGCGAUGGGCGUGUCCAAGACAACUGGGCCCUCCUCUUCGCCCAGCGUUUGGCUCUCAAGCUGGAACUGCCGCUGUCGGUGGUCUUCUGCCUCGUCCCCAAGUUCCUGAAUGCCACUAUUAGGCACUACAAGUUCAUGAUGGGCGGCCUGCAGGAGGUGGAGCAGCAGUGCCGCACUCUGGACAUAUCCUUCCACCUGCUCAUCGGUCCGCCCGUAGAGCGGCUGCCGGAAUUUGUGAAAACCAAUGACAUAGGUGCCGUAGUCUGCGACUUUUCCCCUCUGCGUCUGCCGCGCCAGUGGGUCGAUGAUGUGGGCAAGGCGCUGCCCAAGAGUGUGCCUCUCGUCCAGGUCGAUGCCCACAAUGUGGUCCCUCUGUGGGUGGCUUCGGACAAACAGGAGUACGCGGCUCGCACCAUUCGCAACAAGAUCAACUCCAAGCUGAAUGAGUUUCUCAGCGAAUUUCCACCGGUUGUGCCGCAUCCCCAUGGAUCGGGAUGCAAAAGGUCGAAGCCCGUGGACUGGCCAGCUGCAUAUGCCAAGCUGCAGUGCGACAUGGACGUGGACGAGGUGCAGUGGGCCCAGCCGGGCUACAAGGCGGCCUGCGAGCAGCUCUACGAGUUUUGCAGCCUUCGCCUGCGCCAUUUCAAUGACAAGCGCAACGAUCCCACGGCAGAUGCCUUGUCCGGUCUCUCGCCUUGGCUGCACUUCGGCCAGAUUUCAGCCCAGCGAUGUGCCCUGGAGGUGCAGCGCUUCCGAGGUCAACACAAGGCCUCGGCGGAUGCCUUUUGCGAGGAGGCCAUUGUGCGUCGUGAGCUGGCGGAUAACUUUUGCUACUACAAUGAGCACUACGACAGUCUGAAAGGUCUCAGCUCGUGGGCAUAUCAAACCCUGGAUGCCCACCGCAAGGACAAGAGAGAUCCAUGCUACAACCUGGAGGAACUAGAGAAGUCCCUAACCUACGACGACCUGUGGAACUCGGCGCAACUGCAGCUGGUGCGCGAGGGCAAGAUGCAUGGCUUCUUGCGCAUGUACUGGGCCAAAAAGAUUCUCGAAUGGACCGCCACCCCGGAGCUGGCGCUGGAGUACGCGAUCCUGCUAAACGACAAGUACAGCCUUGAUGGACGCGAUCCCAACGGCUACGUGGGCUGCAUGUGGUCCAUCGGCGGCAUCCACGAUAUGGGAUGGAAGGAGCGCGCCAUUUUCGGCAAGGUUCGGUACAUGAACUAUCAGGGCUGCCGGCGCAAGUUUGAUGUGAACGCCUUCGUAAUGCGCUAUGGGGGCAAGGUGCACAAGAAAAAAUAAACUUUGGAUGUCUUUGCCUUAGUUUUGAACGCAAGCCAAAA